AUGCAUCCACCCCUUCGCAUCGCCGUACUAGAAUGCGACACCCCCCUCGACCCCAUCAACCGCCAGUAUAACGGGUAUGGUGGGGUAUUCCGCACCCUCCUCACAACAAGCGCAAAAGCCUUGAACCAACCCGAGAAACUCAACCCGGAGACUGGGUUAGAAAUCACAGCAUGGGACAUAGUGAACGGCAAUAAAUAUCCCGACCUAGAAGACGUCGACGCGGUCCUCCUAACAGGCUCAAAACACAAUUCCUUUGAAGAUAUUCCAUGGAUGAACCACCUGGUUCAAUUCACGCAAAAGGUUCUUGCCCAAGAUCGAGUGCGACUCCUCGGCAUCUGCUUCGGACACCAGAUCGUUGGUCGCGCGCUAGGCACCAAGGUAGGACGAAGUGAUGCAGGCUGGGAAAUCGCCGUGUGCGAUAUAGACCUGACGGCCGAAGGGAGGAAACUGUUUGGGCGGGACAAGAUCUGCAUCCAGCAAAUGCAUCAGGAUGUCGUUUUUGAAUACCCCCCGAAUGUCAUUGCGCUAGGUUCAUCCCCGCGCUGUGCUGUGCAGGGCAUGUAUGCCCCGCGCCGUUUUAUUACUGUCCAGGGUCAUCCUGAAUUCACAGGGGAUAUCGUUACAACUAUUGUUGGGAGCCGGGCUGAGAGUGGAGUUUUCAAGCCGGAUCAGGCUGAGGAUGCCUUGAGUAGGGUUCAUCAUCAACACGAUGGGGUUGAUAUUGGUGCUGUCUUCUUGAAGUUCCUACUUGAGGAUUGA